AUGAGUGAUGUUAAUGAUUCAGAGAUCAAGCGAGCAUUGCGAUCAGUUUACGAUAACAUCAACGUGGGAUGGUUGAAUAAACGAUUCCGGCAAUCCGUUCUCAGCCAAAUACAGAUCACAGCCGAUUUUCCAGUAUCCAUACUCAAUUACGACUUAAAGCCAUUCGUACCUAAAGCGCUGCGCGAGAAACACAGUUUACAAAUUGAGAAGCCGUUCGGUUUACAAUCGAUAGACUCACUGAAAUAUUUUCAAAAUGCAGCACCACAUCAGUUUCAGCGUCACCUUCGAGCAGCACUAUCAAAGGAACAACAAGAAAAACGAACACUUUACAUUAUUCGAGCGGGUGCCGAUGAAAUAUUAUUGAAAUUGCACAAGCCCGAUCCUGCCGGAUUGCGACUGGUUUGUGGUACACUUUUCAAGAGAAUCAGUUGUGCGAGAGGAUGGCUGGAGAAUCUGCCGACGAUUGACGAUAUCUAUCGAGUGGUUGUCGAUUUAGAUGUGGACGAGUUGCUUGAUAUGGGAGAGAACUUAUCCGUUCAACGACCAAUCGUUAUCAAGAAUACAUUCAAGAACGGUAAUGUUGGUGCUUUACGAAGUGAUUUCGUUAUAAAUACGUUGAAACAACUGAACGUAUCGCAUAACAAUCCCACUGACAUUCAGUCAAUGAACAUCAGAUGGGUUGUUCCGAUGGAAAUUGUUGCUAUUAAUACUGCUGUCGACACUAUAUGCUCUCAAAUGAGGACGGCUGUUGAAGUGGCACAACUGAACGAUCGCAUCGAGUUCUUUAUAGCGUACCAUGCAAAUGAUUUGUUGGGUAUGCGAAUAGAGAAGGGUAAAUAUUUGGAUGAGCAGAAGAUUGGUAAAAUGUUGUACGAGGUGAUUGCGGUGAACGAAUGGAAGUCGAAGAUCCCGAGUCUGUCGGUGAUCAUCUCGCGAAUUAACGCGAUUCCAACGCACACUCUCGCAAAACUUUGUAUCGGUUCGUUCGUUUUUAGUCAAUUUACCUUUGUUUCUUGUUCAAAACAAUACCGUGUUAUCAAUUCAAAUUCAUUUCAUGCAUUUCUAUCCAACGAUAUUACAUUUAUAGCACUUUUUAGAACCAAAUGCGCGCACUGCAAGGAACAUAAAAAAGGCGAUUCGGAAGAGUCGCCAAGAAAGUGA